AUGGCUUCACAGUGCAGCCUCUCUACUUUAUUUCCGAUCCAAAGUCAGUUGGAUUUAGCUUUAGAAGAAGCCCCAACAGAGCAGGAAAAAGUUCAUAUUGUCUACGAUUACUUGAACAAAGUUGACGAACGGGAGGAUCUAAAAAUACCCGAUUUUCAGAAAGGUUUGGAAUGGCUGAACACCGAGGGCCCUCUGUCUCUGAACACGGACUUGUCUGGGAAAGUGGUUGUGUUGGACUUCUUCACUUAUUGUUGCAUAAACUGUAUGCACAUCUUACCGGACCUGCAUCAGCUCGAGAAGAGUCACUCUGUGGAAGAUGGAUUGGUCAUUAUCGGGGUGCACUCUGCUAAAUUCCCAAAUGAAAAGGUUCUGGAGAACAUUCGCAGUGCUGUCCUUCGCUACAACAUCUGCCACCCGGUGGUGAAUGACGGUGAUGCACGGCUCUGGCAUGAGCUGGAGGUGUCCUGUUGGCCCACCCUGGUCCUCCUGGGUCCGAAGGGGAACCUGCUGUUCUCUCUGGUGGGCGAGGGCCACAAAGACCGGCUCACACUCUUCACUAAGACCUCCAUGAGUUUCUACGGAGAGCGGGGUCUGCUGAGGUCUCACUCGGUGCAGAUCAAGCUGUUGAAGGACUCUCUGCCUCCCACUAUUCUGUCCUUUCCUGGGAAAGUGUCGGUGGACGAGAGCAAGAGGCUGGUCAUCGCGGACACCGGACACCACCGGGUCCUGGUGGUUUCUCCCACGGGCCAACUGCUGCAUGUUAUUGGAGGAACUAAAAGUGGGCGACAAGACGGUUCCUUUUUAGAGGCGUCGUUUAACUCUCCUCAGGGAGUGGCCUUUAAAGGAGACACUGUUUAUGUGGCCGACACCGAAAACCAUCUCAUCAGAAAAAUCGACCUGUUGAACGAGAAAGUCUCUACUCUGGCCGGAGUCGGAGUCCAGGGAACAGACAAGGAGGGCGGAGCCAUGGGACCAGAGCAGCCAAUCAGCUCGCCCUGGGACCUGGCUCUCGGGACAGCAGGCGGUGAAGACGGGAACGUGCUGUGGGUCGCGAUGGCGGGAACACAUCAGAUCUGGGCUUUGUUUCUGUCCGACGGAAAACUCCCCAAAGGACGUGAGUUAAAGUCCGGGACGUGUGUGCGGUGGGCCGGCAGCGGCAGCGAGGAGAACCGGAACAACUCGUACCCACAUAAGGCCGGCUUCGCGCAGCCCUCUGGCCUCGCCGUCGCCGCACACGACCCCUGGAACUGUCUGUUUGUGGCCGACAGCGAGAGCAGCUCUGUCCGGACCGUGGCGCUGAAGGACGGGGCGGUCCAGUCUCUGGUCGGGGCGGACAGGGACCCACUGAGGAGAGGAGAGGGGAGGACAGAGGAGAGGAGAGGAGAGGAGAGGGGAGGACAGAGGAGAGGAGAGGAGAGGGGAGGACAGAGGAGAGGAGAGGAGAGGGGAGGACAGAGGAGAGGAGAGGAGAGGAGAGGGGAGGACAGAGGAGACGAGAGGGGAGGGGAGGACAGAGGAGACGAGAGGGGAGGGGAGGACAGAGGAGAGGAGAGGGGAGGACAGAGGAGAGGAGAGGAGAGGGGAGGACAGAGGAGAGGGGAGGACAGAGGAGAGGAGAGGAGAGGAGAGGGGAGGACAGAGGAGAGGAGAGGGGAGGACAGAGGAGAGGAGAGGAGAGGACAGAGGAGACGAGAGGGGAGGGGAGGACAGAGGAGACGAGAGGGGAGGGGAGGACAGAGGAGAGGAGAGGGGAGGACAGAGGAGACGAGAGGGGAGGGGAGGACAGAGGAGAGGAGAGGGGAGGGGAGGACAGAGGAGACGAGAGGGGAGGGGAGGACAGAGGAGAGGAGAGGGGAGGACAGAGGAGAGGGGAGGACAGAGGAGAGGAGAGGGGAGGACAGAGGAGACGAGAGGGGAGGGGAGGACAGAGGAGACGAGAGGGGAGGGGAGGACAGAGGAGAGGAGAGGGGAGGGACAGAGGAGACGAGAGGGGAGGGGAGGACAGAGGAGAGGAGAGGGGAGGGGAGGACAGAGGAGACGAGAGGGGAGGGGAGGACAGAGGAGAGGAGAGGGGAGGACAGAGGAGAGGAGAGGGGAGGACAGAGGAGAGGAGAGGGGAGGACAGAGGAGAGGAGAGGGGAGGACAGAGGAGACGAGAGGGGAGGGGAGGACAGAGGAGACGAGAGGGGAGGGGAGGACAGAGGAGAGGAGAGGGGAGGACAGAGGAGACGAGAGGGGAGGGGAGGACAGAGGAGAGGAGAGGGGAGGGGAGGACAGAGGAGACGAGAGGGGAGGGGAGGACAGAGGAGACGAGAGGGGAGGGGAGGACAGAGGAGAGGAGAGGGGAGGACAGAGGAGACGAGAGGGGAGGGGAGGACAGAGGAGAGGAGAGGGGAGGACAGAGGAGACGAGAGGGGAGGGGAGGACAGAGGAGAGGAGAGGGGAGGACAGAGGAGAGGAGAGGAGAGGGGAGGACAGAGGAGAGGAGAGGACAGAGGAGACGAGAGGAGAGGGAGGACAGAGGAGAGGAGAGGAGAGGACAGAGGAGAGGAGAGGGGAGGACAGAGGAGAGGAGAGGAGAGGACAGAGGAGACGGGAGGGGAGGGGAGGACAGAGGAGAGGAGAGGGGAGGACAGAGGAGAGGAGAGGGGAGGACAGAGGAGAGGAGAGGAGAGGGGAGGACAGAGGAGAGGAGAGGGGAGGACAGAGGAGAGGAGAGGAGAGGAGAGGGGAGGACAGAGGAGAGGAGAGGAGAGGACAGAGGAGAGGAGAAACCUGUUUGCCUUCGGGGACGUAGACGGGAAAGGGUCUGACGCCAAACUGCAGCAUCCUCUGGGCGUGGCCUGGUGCUGGGAACAAAACCUGCUUUAUGUGGCCGACUCGUACAAUCACAAGAUUAAAGUGGUGGACCCCAAGACAAAACAGUGUGUGUCCGUGGCCGGCACCGGGGACGCCGCGGACACGGUGGGCCCCGGGUUUAACCAGUCCAGCUUUAAUGAACCAGGAGGCCUCUGUGUGUCCGACGGGGGGAAGACCCUCUAUGUGGCUGACACCAACAACCACCAGAUCAAAGUCCUGGACCUGGACUCCCAGACGGUCUCACUGUUUCCCAUCUCCACCGACUGCACCGACGCCAUCCCCACCCGCUCGACCGGCCCGCCCAAGGCUCCGGCUCUGCCCAAGUCUGCGGUCAGGAAGCACAUGGCGGCGGUGGAGGUCAGCGCGGGGCAGACCCUCACUCUGUCCCUCACACUGUCGCUGCCUCAGGGCGCCCACCUCACCGACGGGGCCCCCAGCUGCUGGACUCUCUCCGCCGAAGGGAACGAGUGGCUGCUGGAGGGGCAGUCCGUGAUGGGAGACAUCUCAGACCUGUCCCGGUCCCUGCGAGUCUCGGCCAAACUCCCGGUCGCUCUGAGAUCCAAGGACUGGAGCCAGGAGCCCAGCCUCACCCUGAGCGUGUUCGUGUACUUCUGCCUGGACUCCGGCGCCGCCUGCACCAUGAGGGCGGCCUCCUUCACGCAGCCCCUGCACAUCAGCACCAUCCCGGGGGAGGAGGAGGUCACCGUGGCCUUCGCUCACGCUUUAUAA